UUUUUAUAUCAGGGCAUCAGGCGGAUAUAAUGUUUACAUUUUGUUGGUUUCGAUGUGUUUGUUGAAAUAAAAUCAUUAAACAUCUUGACAAAAUAUACUUAAGGAUGCAAAAGCGAAAAGAGGAAGAAAUCAUGAAAAAGAAAAAGUUCAAAACAAGUUAUGAUGAUCAAAAUCUGCGAUCCGCAGUCCAGGAAAGAGUUCUCGAACAAGUGAAAGACAUAAUUGAUUCCGUCUCCAAAGAUGAAAUUAAUUCUCUCUAUAAUUUCAUUGAACGCCGAAAUUUAAAAAUGAUUAAAUACCUCUUCCGGAAAGGCGUUUCAUUCGAGGAAAAUAAUGCAGAUGAUCUUCCUCUACUGCACUUCGCCCUGGACCAAGAGGACUCAGACAAGAAUUUAAUUAAAGUACUUCUGCGCUGUGGUGCCAGCUUAAGUGCCAGAAACAAAGAUGAUUUAACUCCACUUCAUUAUUUAUUAUCAAAACCUGUUAAGACAUCAUCAGAAAAAAUAUUAAAAAUUCUCCUGAAGUAUGGAUCUGAUGUCAAUGCCUGGUCAUCAUCAAAAAAAGAGACUGUUCUCCACACAGCUGUUAGAAACGGAAAUAGUUCAGCGGUAGAUCUUCUUUUAAUGUAUGGUGCUGAUAUUAAUAUUAAGGACGGGAAAAAUGAAACAGCUUUCAGGCAUUCUGAUCGCAAACAAUCUAUGGAAAGAAGCAAUAUCAAUGCUGAUAUUUCCAGUUCUUUAAUGAUGGAAGUGAUCAGGCUGCAAGUUGCUGAUCAGUUUAUCGAUCAACAAAAUUUAGAUACACUCAUGGGAACGCAACUCAACGAUCAGAUUUGUUUAAUCGAAAUUAGAAGAAUGAGAAAUACUGAUAUUGCUCAGGGUGUCAAACUCUUUGAUAUUUUGGUAGCAAAUGAGAAGAAACUAAUUAGUUGUGUUAGAAAUCCCUUGAUUUGGACAUUUUUUCAAUGUAGGGUGAAGAAAAGAUUUUUCAUAUACAACACGAUAUUGAAAUUUAGGAUAAAAAAGGGAAAGGAGAGGAUUAUUUUGUUGGAAAAAUGUGAGGAACCUUUUAGGAAAGCUUUGAAUUGGGAAGCGCCUUUUCUUGUGGUGGAUAAAAUAUUUAGUUUUUUGAGCCGAACGGAUUUGAGAAGCUUUUAUGCUGCUUGUCAUCCAGAAAGUUUCAUGGAGAAAUUAAUAUAGGGUUAAAUCUAGUUACAAAAUCAGAGCGAAUCAGAGCGACUAGCUUCAUCGCGAUGGAUGUGUGUAUGAGCAUGCCCCUACUCGCUCUCUGAUUGGCGGGCCUUUUUCACGGAGCGCGACUCUCAUUGGGCGAGCGCUUUGUUGUUUGGGCUUUUUGUCACGGAUCAAAAAAUUUCAAACAGUACAGUGAGAAUCCUUCUCCUUACCUGAUUGAUUAAUAGUAUUUAAGCUAUUAUUAUCAUAACACAUGUUUUAUAAACUUUUU